UUGCUGCCUAUGAUUUAUCUGUGAGCCUCAUGCAAAAUAACAUAAGCCACCUUGUGUACUGUAUCCCCACAUGCAUAUUGUAUGCACGCUUCGGCCGGUUUCGUAAGAUAAUCUGCAUAACAAAGUGACCUGCAGCUAUUUUGAGGGCGGGCUUACUGCAAAUUGUUCAUUAAUCUCUAAGGGCAUAAAUCCGAUUUCUCUAUCGGAAUGUUUAAACUUCUGGUUAAUUCGCACUCUUCACAGUAUAUAUCCCUUGCUUAUUUAAUUGAUAUUUGAUCUUCCAAUUGAAUAUAUCGCCUAAAUACAACAAUUCAGCUUAAGUACGGCGGUAAUUUCUCCUGGUUACUUACGUAAAGUUUAAUUGUAAAUGAUACUUUUCGGUCGAUCACAUUAAGUACUUAGAUCCACGUAAUGGAUGCAUCGUGACAUGCAAGCGAACAAAAUAUUCAUGAAACAUGCUACGACAGCAAUUGUUUUUCUUAGAAAAAAGUUCUUGGUAUCUAAUUCAGAUGAGACAGAAGUUGAAAAAAGUGCCGUAUGUUAAAAUAUUUUAAAGGCACAUUUGUAGUUCUAUACAUCAUCAUUUCAAGUUUAGUAUUGCUACUUCACACUUGAAAGCAUGGAUGUCAUUAACGAGAAGAAAUUCCCGCAAAUCAAUUACGAAGUACAUUUUCGCUAAACGACUACUUACCCCACUUCUGGUUUUUCGCCUCUUAUUGUGUGAAUAUAUCAAUAUAUCACUGAAUGAUAGUAUCUAUUGUCAAAGACAACUAAAUGCACGCUUUAAAGUAGUACAUAUACCAAACCUUCCAUCUCGAAAUCUCUUGGACAAUAUCUGUCUCGUUAUUGUAGUCAUCAUUAAGAUUUUCUUGGUUGCCUUUGCUGCUCACUAAACUUUAAACUAUAAAAAUAUUUUUAAACAAUUGAAACCACAAAAGGAGGUUUGCAAGAUGCAUGACAGGAGCGUAGUUGUGGAUAUGAACUUAAUUCCGUGAUUGGGCUAUCAUCAGUAUUUAUCCCUUUCUUGGUUGUAGGAGUUGAAAGAACAAGGGGGCGGGCCCUUCAGUAAUU